AUGACUCGUGACUCUCAAGACUUUGGACGUAGGUCCUCGGAGUAUCAGCAGCGUCGUCUAUCUCACCAAUUUCAGAAAAAUGCAUGGACUGGGCCUCCAUCCGGGACCAUCUAUGCCGGUGUCUCGGCCUCGUUCUCCGGAAACGCAGUGACAAGAAUUGCCCUUGCCAUUCGCGAUACCACCUAUCUCCUAGACUUUCUUGAGCGAGGCGACGGUGAUGGAGGUGAUCGGUUCACUCCCUCGGAGAUGGUCGAAUUCAUUCUGCACCAAUUGAAGAAGUUUAGUGAACAACAUUUGGAAAAGUUCAUGGGUUUGGCAAUGCCACAGAGUGUGGCAGACAAGUGCCAUGGCCUUUGCUCUCGCUUAUGGGCAGAGCUUGAUAUCAUCCCCUUGACUCUGCCAGAGGAAACAAAAAAGCAGGGGGACGAGUUCUCCCCCAGCGUUGGUUGGGAAACCAGAGACAUCGACGAACAGGCAGAGUCCAUGGGCCGAAAAUGUGUCAGACUCUUUGGCCCGGACAAUCUUCCUUUGCUUCAGGUUGGUCUCUUAGGCCAAGUAGAGGUGGACACCGGGUUUCAUGUGCGCUUGACCAGUCUGAAAGACUUCCACAAGACAGUCAGCCACAAGACAUGGUCAGCUGUGAACCAUUAUGCCACCGACCUCAAGAAACGAAAUGUCAAGCUGGCGUUUUUCAGCGCUACUCCUCAGGGUGGAGGUGUGGCAUUGAUGAGGCAUUCUAUGGUCAGAUUCUCUCACUCGCUGGAAACAGAUGUCAGAUGGUAUGUACCCAAGCCGCGUCCGGGUAUAUUUCGUGUCACAAAGAAUACCCACAACAUCCUUCAGGGAGUGUCAAAACCGGAGGAGCGAUUGAGCAAGGAGGACCGACAAUUGGUCAUGGAUUGGAUUAACGAGAAUGCAAAGCGAUACUGGUUGUGCCCAGGAGGGCCGCUACGGCCACCUUCAGAAGGAGGUGCAGAUGUAGUAGUCAUUGAUGACCCGCAGAUGCCUGCAUUGAUCCCAAUUGCGAAAAAGCUUGCCCCCAAUAGGCCGAUUAUCUUCCGCAGCCAUAUUCAAAUUCGAAGUGACCUGGUUUCAAACUCGUCCAGCCCUCAAGCAGAAGUAUGGCAGUGGCUCUGGGAAUACAUCAGUCAAGCAGAGCUUUUCAUCAGUCACCCGGUGAGUGCAUUUGUACCUCAUAAUGUACCACAAGAUAAAGUGGGCUACGUGCCUGCAUCAACGGAUUGGCUGGAUGGCUUGAAUAAAAACAUGCGAGAUUGGGACACCGCAUUUUACGGUCGUGUAUUCAAUGGGUCCUGUAGGAACUCGGGUAUGCCAACUAUUGACUGGCCAGAAGAUGAAUACAUUGUCCAAAUUGCGCGCUUCGACCCUUCCAAAGGAAUUCCCGCUGUUUUGGAAUCGUAUGAAAAGUUCCUUAACCGUCUCCUCACCUCGUCACCCGACAUUAAGCCACCGAAGCUACUGAUCUGUGGGCAUGGCUCUAUUGAUGAUCCAGACGGCUCUAUAAUAUACGACAAUGCAGUUGCUCAUAUCGAGCAGGAUAUCCCACAACUUCGCGAAAAUAUCUGUGUUAUGCGAGUGCGGCCCUCAGACCAGGUGCUCAACGCGCUUCUUUCCAAGGCAAAGAUUGUGCUGCAGCUCUCUACACGCGAAGGGUUCGAAGUCAAGGUUUCCGAGGCGAUUCAUAAGGGGAAACCCAUCAUUGCAACUAGAGCUGGUGGGAUUCCACUGCAAAUUGAAAACCACAAGAAUGGCUUCUUGGUGGAUGUAGGGGAUACGGAUGCUGUGGCCCAGCAUCUUUACGAUCUAUGGACGAACAACGAGCUUUACCAUAAGAUGAGCAGUUAUGCUAUCAACAGUGUCAGUGAUGAAGUUAGCACAGUGGGCAAUAUGUUGAAUUGGCUCUAUCUUACGUCGAAGCUAUCCAAGGGAGAGAAAGUUACGCCCCACGGCUCCUGGAUCAAUGAUAUGGCUCGCGAGGAGGCGGGGCAAGCCUAUACCAGCGAUGAGAACCGACUGACGAGAGCGGUCGAAGUUCCACGAAUGGGCUAA